AUGAUGAAAUUCCUCCCAAAUCUCAGUGUUGCACGCUUCGCCACCCAGCAACGUCAGGAAUCGCUGCGAUCCCUCUUCCUACAGCCUGGGAGAAGUGCUCCAGGACCUGCUCCAUGUCCCCAGCGUAAUGCCAGCUGCAGUGCCCAUACCCUGGAAUACAGAGAAAUUCAAACCCCUUAUGUGCUGCUUAUUCCUGCAGCUCAAUUAUGUUCUGCAGCGACGGCUGACCAUCUCACUGGAAAGGUGAUGCGUGCCAAGUGCGUCUGCCCAUUAUAUCACUACAAACGCGUUUACGAGGCAAGCCUAUGUAACUUUGUAAACUGUUCCAUUUAUGAAUCAGUUAUUCAAUUGAAAUUAUCUUCCAGAACGCCUCGACCUGUUGUUGUAGAACCAAUGGAGCAAUUUGAUGAUGAAGAUGGGCUCCCAGAGAAGCUAAUGCAGAAAACACAACAAUAUCACAAAGAAAAUAAAUUGGGAAAUUUUUUUGCUCAACCUGGAACAUUUGAGUUUGAGUAUGCUUCACGCUGGAAGGCUCUUGACGAAAUGGAAAAGCAACAGCGUGAGCAGGUUGACAGGAACAUUAGAGAAGCCAAAGAGAAACUAGAAGCAGAAAUGGAAGCAGCUAGACACGAGCAUCAGCUAAUGCUGAUGAGGCAAGAUCUCAUGCGGCGCCAAGAAGAAUUGAGGCGUUUGGAAGAACUUCGGAAUCAAGAACUUCAGAAACGCAAACAGAUACAAUUGAGACAUGAAGAAGAACAUCGACGUCGUGAAGAAGAGAUGUUGCGCCAGAGGGAACAGGAGGAAUUAAGGCGACAGCAGGAGGGAGGAUUUAAGCCGAAUUUCAUGGACAAUAGAGAACAGGAAAUGAGAAUGGGUGAUAUGGGUCCUCGUGGAGCAAUAAACAUGGGAGAUGCGUUUAGCCCAGCACCUGCUGGUAACCAAGGCCCUCCUCCAAUGAUGGGUAUGAAUAUGAACAACAGAGGAACUUUACCUGGCCCUGCAAUGGGUCCUGGUCCUUCCAUGGGACCAGAAGGAGCUGCAAAUAUGGGAACACCAAUGAUGCCAGAUAAUGGAGCAGUGCAUAAUGAGAGAUUCCCUCAAGGAGGUCCAUCACAGAUGGGUUCACCUCUGGUUAGUAGAACGGGCUCUGAAACUCCUCAGCCGCCAAUGAGUGGUGUAGGUGCCGUGAGUGGUGGACCUGGUGGCUUUGGUAGAGGAAACCCAGGGGGCAACUUUGAAGGACCUAACAAGCGUCGCAGAUAUUAAAACUUACUUCAUUCCUUACUGUUUAGAAAUUCCAGUAAAAAAUAUACGGUGGUAUGCCUUUAUAAUUUUAGCUGUUACCUGGAAACGGUUUUAUUGUUAUUGUAGUCUUUAAAGCAGUUUCUUUUGUAAAACUUUUUUGUAUUCAGUCAUAGGCUUUGUAGCAUAGAGCAGAAGUGAUGCAGAUCAUUAUGUAAGGCAAUGUGUUUGUGACUCUAGCAAAAUAACAAUAUGUGACUAUGCUGUAAAACAUGCAGUUAUCUGAUUACAAUAAAAUAUAAAAAUCACUUGAAAGGA